AUGCUCGAGAUCAUCAACGAAGUCGACAUCAACGGCAACGGCCAAAUAGAAUUCCCCGAAUUCUGUGUGAUGAUGAAGAGAAUCAUGAAAGAAACCGAUUCGGAGAUGAUUCGAGAGGCGUUUCGGGUGUUCGACAAGGAUGGAAAUGGAGUGAUCACGGCAUCCGAAUUCAAACAUUUCAUGGUGAGUUGCGUAGUGCUGGUCAACGGGGUGUGCGACAGAUUCUGUGACGUAAACACACGGACAAGCGGAAAAGUGAUCGUAACCUCGUGA